ACCCGCACCGAAGUUCGACUUUCCCAAUCCCUUUCUAGAAUAUUUAUAAAUCGGCAAGUCUGAUUCCGAAUUGAAUUCCUGCUUACCCGAAAAGUGGGUUUCAAAUACUUCAAUUUCUCCCUCUCUCACUCUCUCUAGAUUUUUGGUACCUUCUGCUUGCUCUGCAACAUGUCUGGAGAAGAAGAAGAAAAUGCCGCCGAGCUCAAAAUCGGAGACGAGUUUUUGAAAGCCAAGUGCUUAAUGAACUGCGAAGUUGCGUUGAUUCUUGAACAUAAGUACGACCAGCUUCAGCAGAUGUCUGAUGACCCCAGAAACCAAGUUUCUCAAGUAUUUGAGAAGUCGCUGCAGUAUGUGAAGCGCUUUAGCCGUUAUAAAAAUCCUGAUGCUGUCAAACAAGUUAGAGAAAUUCUGAGCAGAUAUCAACUGACUGAGUUUGAGCUUUGUGUUCUUGGAAAUCUCUGCCCUGAAACUGUUGAGGAAGCUAUUGCUAUGGUACCAUCUAUAAAGGCCAAAGGACGUGUUCAUGAUGAUGAUGCAAUCGACAAAAUGUUGAAUGACCUGGCGCUAAUCAAGAAAUUUGAGUAGUGUCUGUUGCUUCUGCUCCCUAUCAGUACGAAUAAUGCUUUAUGUUGUAAUAUUUAGAUCGUAAACGUAGCAAAGAGUUUGGAAUGCAGGCAUCCCAAUGUAGUUGAAUAUUAUGACUUGUAUUUACGGAUGAUGUGGUGCCCAUGAGUGAUUUGUUCCAUUGUAUUUGAUCUUAAAGCCAGCCCAAUGCCAUGGCUCGAGUGUGAUGUGAAUAUGGUUUUUGUAUUUGUUUAAUUGAUUAGUUUAAUCCAAUUCAUCA